GCAUCUCAAAUCCUUUUGAGGCAUUAAUAACCAGUAAUCUUCUCAUCCCAUGCCCCAAUUUUUGUUUUUAUCGGGAUUGAAGUCUUAGCCUUCAUCCGUUGAACUGCUCAGUUCGCCAUGGGGCAGGUGUUGGCGAGCAUUCAAGAUAAAUUCCACGGGAAGCAAUGGAAGGAGAGGCAGAUAAGGAAGAUCAGUGAUAAGGUGUUUGACCGAAUCAAGGACGAUUUGGGAGAGAGGAACCUCGCCUUUGAGGAUCUCUACAUCGCCGUUCUCAUAAUAUACAAUGACAUCAAUAAGCACUUACCUGGGCCUCACAAUGAUCCCCCUUCCAAGGAGAAGCUGAAAUAUAUUAUGCAGGUAUGGAUUCGCGUAAAUGAAGGUUUCAUUUGUUCUGUCUCAUUUUCGUGCCUUGGUGUAUUUGCUGCAGAUUCAUCAGCUGUUUUUCUAUCUUUUUUUUUUUUUUCCCCGGAACUGGGCAUAUUGGAAAGGGUGUGAUCGGAGCAAAUUUGG